AUGGCUCAUGCAUUCCCUUCCUUCUUGCUCUUGAUAUUCUCUUCCAAUAUCAUAUUUGAAAACAUUCAUGCUUGCAACCAAAGCGAACGCAGCUCUCUGCUGUUCUUAGCUCUCACUCUGUCUCCUCCUCAGUUGAAUUGGACUUCCGCUGAUUGUUGCAAUUGGGAAGGCAUUACUUGUAAUCGAGAUGGUUGGGUCACCCAUUUGCAAUUACCCUCCAAAGGGCUCAAACUAAAAGGAGGUAUUUUCCCCUCAUCAUCACUUGCAAAUCUCACACAUCUCACUCACUUGAAUCUCUCCCACAAUUCACUCUCUGGUUCUCUAGAUCAAACUGAAUUCUUCUUGUCCUUGAAUGAUCUCGAAAUCCUAGAUUUGAGCUAUAACCUUCUUAUUGGAGUGUUACCAUCUUCUCUACCAUCUAGUCAUAUUCGGAUGGUGGAUCUUUCCAGCAAUCGUUUACACGGUGCAGUUUCAUCUUCUUUUUUCCAACAAGCUUGGAAUUUGACUAGUUUCAAUGUCAGUAACAACACCUUUUCAGGUCCUAUUCCAUCCUCUAUUUGUCGUCCUCCUUCUUCCUCGUUACGACACCUUGAUUUUUCCUUCAAUAAUUUCAAUGGUAGUAUAUCUUCUGGAUUGGGGAGGUGUUCUAAACUGCAGGUCUUCCGUGCUGGUCACAAUUACUUGUCAGGAUCGCUUCCAGAAGAUAUGUUUAAUUUUACCACACUUGAAGAGAUUUCACUACCUCAAAAUUCAUUGUAUGGAGCAGUGAGUGAUAAAAUUUCCAACCUCACCAACCUCACAACCCUUGACCUCUCCUAUAACCAAUUGAGUGGUGUGCUCCCACUCCAUCUUGGGAAGCUCUCAAAGUUGAAACACAUACUCCUUGAUUUCAACUAUCUGGAAGGUUCAUUGCCCCUGUCUCUGAUGAAUUGCACAAACCUCGUUGAACUACGUUUGGGAACCAACAACUUAGGAGGUGAUCUCUCCAUGCUCAAUUUUUCCAAACUUAGCCAACUUAGUAAACUUGGCUUGCGGAAAAAUAACUUCUUUGGUAUCUUGCCGAGAAGCAUCUACUCGUGCAAGUUCUUGAAAGCAAUUCAUGUGAACUACAAUAAUCUAGAGGUUCAAAUACAGCCUGAAAUUCUUUCAUUGAAAUCCCUGUCCUACCUCUCACUUGGUUCGAACAAAGGUUUGACCAAUUUGACAGGGGCAAUGAAGAUACUGAUGGGUUGCAAACGUCUCGUACUCGUUUCGUUGGGAUCUAGUUUUUUAGGUGAGGAAAUGCCGAACGGUGUUGAAAUGGCAGAUUUUAAUGGAUUUCAAAAUCUUCGACAUUUAGAUUUGAGUUCAUGUAACCUUAGUGGUAUAAUUCCCUCAUGGCUAUCGAAGCUGAAAAUGUUACAGGUCUUGGGUCUGAGUCACAACAGAAUCACUGGCUCAAUUCCAAGUUGGCUCGGGACUCUUCCAAGGCUGCAAACUUUAUUCAUGGACUUCAACCAACUUUCUGGAGAAUUUCCAAAGGAAUUGUGCACACUACCUAUGUUAGUAUCUGCACAAACUGUAACUCAAGUAGGUCGUUUUUAUCUUGAACUGCCUGUCUACUAUCAUCCUAGUGCUGAUGCAAAACCUUUACAGUACAAUUAUAUACCUUAUGUCCCAGUUAUAUACCUAAGUCACAAUCGCCUUAGCGGGAAUAUACCUAUUGAGAUUGGCCAAUUGCAGCUUCUCCGAGUGCUGGAUCUUAGUGCUAACAAUUUCUCCGGCAACAUUCCAGACCAAAUAUCUAACCUGAAGAACAUUGAGAUACUGGAUCUCUCCAUGAACCAUUUGUCCGGAAAAAUCCCAGCAUCAUUCACAAGUCUUAAUUUCUUAUCAAGUUUCAAUGUCUCGUACAAUAAUCUCCGAGGACCAAUACCAUCAAGCACUCAACUCCAAAGUUUCAAUGCUUCUGCAUUUGAGGGGAAUCUGAAACUUUGUGGUGCCCCACUGCCAAAUAAGUGUCAGACAACAAAGGGUGUUGAUGCACCUGAUAUGAGCACCCAAGAUGCAGGCACCAAGGAGCAUCAAAUUCCAUGGUUUUAUGUUUUUGUAACACUUGGGUGCAUUACAGGAUUUUGGGGAGUCUGUGGUCCUUUAGUGCUGAUGAGAAAGUGGAGGCAUGCAUAUUACCAUUUCCUAGACAAUGUAAAAGACAGGUUCCAUGUGAUGAUAGCAAAGCGUAUGGCAAGCAUAAAGAGAAGUAUUUCUCCCGGACUAGGCAAGUGCUCCAAACUACGAGUUUUUCGUGCAGGCUACAGUAAUCUAACAGGGUUACUUCCGGAAGAUAUCUAUAAUGCUACCACGUCACUCGAAGAGAAUGAGUUGCCUAGUAAUUCCAUAUAUGGAGCCAUUAGUGAUAAAAUUGUCAACCUCACUGCCCUCAAUACUUUUGAUCUCUCUUAUAACCAUUUCAGUCUUGUUCUCCCUCCAAGUCUUGGGAAGCUCUCCAAGUUGAAAUUCCUAGUCCUUGAUUCGAACAAUCUAGAAGGUCCCUUGCCCCCUUCUUUGAUGAAUUGCACGAAGCUCGUAGAGAUACGUAUAGGAGCCAACAGCUUGGAAGGAGAUAUCUCCACGUUUAAUUUCUCCAAACUGAGUCAACUUAGUAAACUUGAUCUAGCGGUGAAUCUCCUCACCGGUACUGUGCCAAGGAGUCUUUACUCGUGCAAAUCCUUGAAAUUUCAACAAACGACAAUUGACCAAUGUCACAGGGGCAGUAAAGGUAUUAAUGGUUGCAAAAGUCUAGUAUUCCUCACCAUUUCAUCUAGUUUUCUAGGUGGUGAAAUGCCAGGUGAUGAUGGGAUUGUUGAAUUUGAUGGAUUCCAAAGUAUUCGACUUUUGGAUUUGAGUUCUUGUGGACUCACUGGUGAAAUACCUGGAUGGUUAUCUAAGCUGAAGAAGCUGGAGAUCCUGAAUCUGAAUUCUAAUAGAAUCACAGGGUCCAAUUCCUAG